UUCUUCCCCACCCGAGUCCGCUGUGUAGGUUCGGGUCUCCACCGACCCGCACCCGAGUGGGACGUGCGGCUCUUCGGGAUGGGCCUGACGGGGUGCGGUGGACGAGGGCGGGGUGCCCAGGGCUACCCCAGAGGAGAGAAAACUUUUGUGUGAGCGAAGGCGAAAGGCCGAUUUCUGUGGGGAGCCUUCGUACGCCCCCUCUCCCCACUCUGCAUGUUUCGAGCUGAGAUUUGAAGGAAAAAAUGACUACUAGAGGCUGUGAAACUUAGGCGUCCUGCAGCGCCCGAGGUAGUUCGUUCUGAGAAUGUCAGAGGCGCCCCGAACUGGAAAGGCGAUUCUCUCUCUCUUCUACGGUAGCGACCGUAUUGCCAGAGCCGAGAAAUAAAAGCUCAAUCCUUGCACACCACUGGUGUGAGAUUUUUUUUUUUUUUGCUGUCCUCCUGAGACUGUUAGAUUGGUGUCUCCCCUGCUCAGUCCUAGAGUAAGGGUUUGACGCGCCUAAGCCGUGACAUAACCGUUAGUUUUCAUUUCGUUGGUUCUUCUCGAGCCCGUCUCUUAACGUGGAGAAUUUGUACAGAAAAAGCCAGGCAGGAACUAGCGCUGAUUUCCCAAAGCUCCCAACAGUCCUUGGACAUCUGAAUACAAUUUUUACUUUUUGCUAAAAUGUUCAAGAUUGAAUGACCCCAGUUACAUUAAGUCUGUUUGCUGCAUCCAGAAAUAUGGUUUGGCUGUGUGGCAUCGUGUUGAAUUGACAUGAGUUUUCAGAGGUCUCCAUGAAACUUUUUUUUUUAAUGAGUGCUUUGUAUUUGGCUUGAGAGGUUUUUUUCUCCCCUUUGAUCUGAAGGUUUUAUUUUCUGCAAUCCAAUUAUCUUUUUUUGUUGUUAAAGUUUACAAACUUUCAGACUAUUUUAAGUAAUUUCAGUAUCAACUUGUGGAACCUUUGCAGGGAAGUGGUAGUCAAAUAUUUCUAUCUUGUGCUUACUACAAACUAUAUUGCUUUAGACUUAAGAAAAGCCAACACCAUAACAGAGGUUCCAUUGUACUUGUCUGUUAAAAAUUCGCCUCUUUUCUGUGACUAAUCGUAUUCCCACUAAUAAUGUAAUGCGGAGGGCUCUUGUGAUCCUGAGAACUUCGGAGUUGUGAUGAUCUGGGUGGGACAGCAUGGGGACAAGUGGGACUAGCAGUAACGAAUAUUCUGGAUCUUGGGGUACAUCUUUGUAGAAGCAAGUUGUAUUAAUCAGCCAAUGGAUUAAUUCAUAGGAUAGUUUCUGCAUCAAAAGUUGCAGUUUUGGGUGUUUCUGGUUUUGCUAGUUCAUCAGAAUUUGAUGCUUGCCUUGAGAAACAUUUGCCCAGCAUUUAACCAGUAUGUGUCUGUAUUAAACAGAAGGCUUGUCAAGCCUGAAUGUUUUCUAAUCAUGAUAUCAUGUAUCUCAUUGUCAGAGUUAACACUUCAUGUAUUUUCCUUUCUUCCAACUUUGUUACCUCCUGCCCUUGGUCUUCCUCCCUCUUUCAUUAACUUCAACUAAAUAUGAGUGGAAAAGCAAAAGUUUUAAGCCAGAAAACUGUACCUGGUGCGGUGCGUUUGCACCAUGUGUGAUAAGCUGUCUGAAUGCGGUGUCUGAUGGGUCUUAGUACUCUGUGGGAGACUUGGAUUUUCUCUCUAGCCGGUGAGGUGUCUUGAGUUUCAUCAAGAAGCAGGCUUUUCCUUGAGAUCCCCCUUCCUGUGUUUUAUGUUGCAAUGCCUUCACUCCACAGCCUGUUAUCUUCCUGCACAUUGUAAUGUCACCUCAGAUAAAUGCUUUGUAAUAAUUCUGUGCUUUUGAGACAGUGUAGAUACUGGUCUUGUAUGGUUUUAUUCUUUCCAGGAUGUUGAUCUACUUCAGCAUUACUUAUAGGCUGAACAUACAAAAUGAUUUUUGGUAGGGAAUCAGAAAUUCUGGCCAAGUGUAUCCUAAUUAGGUAAUGUUUAUUGGAACAACUUGGACGAGGUUAGUUGGCCAUUAUUCAGUGUGGUUUUGCAUCUCUAUUUUACUGACAUGGAAAUUGUACAUGUAUUCAUGCUUUUUAUUUUUUGAGAAGCAACCUUAACUGUAGCUCACUAUUUUAUGUGAACUUAAAUUGUUUAGUUCUUAAAAUUGGUCAUUUUUUCUUUUAAAUCUGUGAAUGGAAAUAGCAAAUUAAUCUUAGAACUAUAUUGUCAAACUUCGUGGUUUUUGCUUUUAUUAAGUGAGGUGGAGAAAGCCCGAACCACCAGCAUGUGGAACUAGAGACGAUAGGACACUAUUGUACAGCGACACUGCUUGAAGCAGGGUGAGGGAAAGCUGAAAACCUCUAAACUUCAUCAAGGAGCCUGUGGGUGUUCAUUCUGUUUUUAAACAAAACUUUCAAAAAUGGUGUAAGAAUUGAGAGCUAAGGGGCCUUUAGGAUUUUGUGGUGUUAUGUGGAUCUGCUCACCAGAGCACAGCAGGUGCUUUGUUAAUCAGCUGUUCUGCCUUCAGUAAAUUAACCUAGUGUACAUGAAGUUCCUUAAAGAGCUAAUGCUUCCAUGUACAUUCUCCGGAGUUUUGCAGGAUGAUUAUUGCAAAUUUAGAUCAGAUGCAUCACAAAAGGCAUAAAAUAUUAUUUUGAUAGAGGUUUUUAGCAGCAUGUAUACAAAUUAGUUUAGAUAAAUCAUGCAUUGUCCUACAAACUAGUUAUUUCUGGCUUAAUGUAAUAUAGCUCCUGAAUUUUUUCCAGCAGCAUAAUAAAAUGGCUAAUCAGGUGAAUGGUAAUGCGGUACAGUUAAAAGAAGAGGAAGAGCCAAUGGAUACUUCCAGUGUAACUCACACAGAACACUACAAGACACUGAUAGAGGCAGGCCUCCCACAGAAGGUGGCAGAAAGACUUGAUGAAAUAUUUCAGACAGGAUUGGUAGCUUAUGUCGAUCUUGAUGAAAGAGCAAUUGAUGCUCUCAGGGAGUUUAAUGAAGAAGGAGCUCUCUCUGUACUGCAACAGUUCAAGGAAAGUGACUUGUCACAUGUUCAGAACAAAAGUGCAUUUUUAUGUGGAGUUAUGAAGACCUACAGGCAAAGAGAGAAACAGGGGAGCAAGGUGCAAGAGUCUACAAAGGGACCCGAUGAAGCAAAAAUCAAGGCGUUACUUGAAAGGACUGGUUAUACUCUGGAUGUGACCACAGGACAGAGGAAGUAUGGCGGGCCCCCACCAGACAGUGUGUACUCAGGUGUGCAGCCUGGAAUUGGAACAGAGGUCUUUGUUGGUAAAAUACCCAGAGAUUUAUACGAGGAUGAAUUGGUGCCUCUUUUUGAGAAGGCUGGUCCAAUUUGGGAUCUCCGUCUUAUGAUGGACCCACUGUCUGGUCAGAACCGCGGGUAUGCGUUUAUCACCUUCUGUGGAAAGGAAGCUGCGCAGGAAGCUGUUAAACUGUGUGACAGCUAUGAAAUCCGCCCUGGUAAACACCUUGGAGUGUGCAUUUCUGUAGCAAACAACAGACUUUUUGUUGGCUCCAUUCCGAAGAAUAAGACUAAGGAAAACAUCCUGGAAGAAUUCAGUAAAGUCACAGGUUUAACAGAGGGUUUGGUGGACGUUAUUCUCUAUCAUCAACCCGAUGACAAAAAGAAGAAUCGGGGGUUCUGCUUCCUUGAAUAUGAGGAUCACAAGUCAGCAGCACAAGCCAGACGCCGGCUGAUGAGUGGAAAAGUAAAAGUAUGGGGAAAUGUAGUUACAGUUGAAUGGGCUGACCCCGUGGAAGAACCAGACCCAGAAGUCAUGGCUAAGGUGAAGGUUUUGUUUGUGAGAAAUUUGGCUACAACCGUGACAGAAGAAAUCCUGGAAAAGUCAUUUUCUGAAUUUGGAAAACUUGAAAGAGUAAAGAAGUUGAAAGAUUAUGCGUUUGUCCAUUUUGAAGACAGAGGAGCAGCUGUUAAGGCUAUGGAUGAAAUGAAUGGCAAAGAAAUAGAAGGGGAAGAAAUAGAAAUAGUCUUAGCCAAGCCACCAGACAAGAAAAGGAAAGAGCGCCAAGCCGCUAGACAGGCCUCCCGAAGCUCCGCGUAUGAAGAUUAUUACUAUCACCCUCCUCCUCGAAUGCCACCUCCAAUUAGAGGCCGAGGUCGUGGUGGGGGGAGAGGUGGAUACGGCUACCCUCCAGAUUACUAUGGAUAUGAAGAUUACUAUGAUGAUUACUAUGGUUACGAUUAUCACGACUAUCGUGGAGGCUACGAAGAUCCCUACUACGGCUAUGAUGAUGGCUAUGCAGUAAGAGGAAGAGGAGGAGGAAGGGGAGGGCGAGGUGCUCCACCACCACCAAGAGGGCGGGGAGCACCACCUCCAAGAGGGAAGCGAGGUUGAGGCUGCCCUGACCUGACAUGUCAUGAUGUCGACUUGCUAGGUGGGGUUCGCUGGGGACGAUAACCAGUGGAAUUGUUGGUAAGAACUUUUUUUUUCCUAUUUUUUUUUUAAUCAGUAGUGGGGCAUUAAGUGUGGGAGAAUGCCCGUAUUCUAUCAGUGGGCAAAUAUGUCAGCCUUGUAGGAAAAUAAGAAAUGAUUUUGUUCUUAAUAGGUACAUAUAAAAAAUACUACAUUUAUUCUUGAAUGGGUAGUUGAUCAGUAGUAUAGGAAAGAGUUGCAGGUAUGAAAUAAUGAAAUAUUGGAUGUAUAUUUUAGGCAAUCAAGAAUGACCAUACAGUCUAGUCUCUUGAAGAGACUAUAAGCUUGCUUUAUUUUACUGUGAUUUCAGUCCCAUCACUGAUGUUUACUGUAUUUUUAUUGGGUAGGUUAGUAGUAUAUAAUGCAUCUUAAGAGAUGUUCAAUUACACACUAAUUUUAGUGCAAAUAGGAAGGUGCUGAUAGACCAGAGGGUUUGAACACUAGUUGAUAAUUAUUUUAAAAAUUCUUGCAAAAUAGAUAUUAAUGUUAUAAAGUAAAACUUAGGUUUUAGCAGCUAGAUGGGCAAUAGAGGGAUCAACUUAGGUAACACUGGUAAAAUGACUUUUGGUCCAGAGGAAUAAUAUAGCUAGAAUGUUAAGACUUUGAAAUUACAGAAGCACAAACCAUUACGUGUUUUGUCUGAAACUCCAAGAGAGAAAAGAUUAGUAGACUGGUAGAAUUCUAAGCCAUUUUUGAGAUAAUUGUUAAGGAUGAAAUCUCAUGUUACAAAUUAUAGGAGAUUCUGUGAUGGUAAAAUAUAAAUUGAGGAAAUUAAAUUUAGUAAUGCAUUUCUUGCCAUACUAUAUUAAAAAUUGUAAUAUGGCAUAAACACUGAUGAAAAAUAGUUUGGAUUUUUAUGCCUGAGAACCUCCUCAGUAUUCUUAACAAUACUAUACCUUCCUUAUUGGUUGGGGGUGCCGGUGUAGAAAGCGUCUCCCAGGUAUUAAACAAGUGCUAGUCUGUGUCAUGAAUAUAAAUCUUUAUCUGUAAUUUGUUGUAGGCUAAACUGUACAUCACUACAAUGAAAUUCCAGGUGUAAGAAUUGCAGUGAUUGCAGGGUUGAAUUAAGAUACUUUCUUUGCUCUUCUGACACACUUUAUGCAUGUAUCAGUGAUAGAGAAGAUCAGGGUAUAGAACCGUAAAGGUUGCACUAGAUCACAUG